AUGCGUUACAAUAGUCCGAAAGAACACAGAACAAGUCAGCUUCCUCCGGUGCGGCGUGGCAAACCGCUCUCGAAUAGAAGCGUGGAAAUAGCUCUCCGUUUUGUUGUCCACUGUGUUGGUGGCAUGGUCAAAACGUUUCAAGUGUAUCUAAGCGCCCACGGAAUCGGCUCAAGUCGGAGUGCCAGCAGCAGUAGCAGUAGCAGCAGCAGCGGCGGUGGCAGCGGUGAGGACGAUCGGACUUAUAGCUGUGUACAUUGUCGCGCGCAUCUGGCUCGGCAUCAAGAUCUGAUCUCCAAAUCCUUCCAAGGCAGUCAAGGUCGAGCGUAUCUGUUUGACACCGUUGUCAAUGUCUCAUGCGGAAAACCGGAGGAACGACUCUUGCUUACCGGUCUUCAUUCGGUGGCGGACCUCUACUGUGAUUGUUGUCGCACAGUGCUCGGUUGGAAAUAUGAACAGGCUUACGAAAGCAGUCAGAAAUACAAAGAGGGCAAAUACAUCAUCGAGCUGGCUCAUCUCAUCAAGGACAACGGAUGGGAUUGGUGCAUCGUAGAUAUGGAACAGCGACGGCCCUAUUGA